AAGGAGCUGGUGAAAAAAAAAAGGCGAACUUGCUUUCAAUUGUCCAAGCCUAACGUCAUGGAAAUAGUUACUUUGUUGAAGCGCGCACAGGAAUAAACCCAAAGAAACAAUACUGAGCCGUGAUGUGUGUUGAUGCUCUGUAGAAGGAGAUUCUUUAGUUGCUGAUUUCGUUUUUGUUGUGGUUGUUGGUUGAAUUCAAAGGGUCGACCGGAGAUGCGCAGGAACCUGUUUACAGGGAAAACGCAGCAAGUUUCAGUCCGAGGGAACGCCGAGCGGGCUCACGAUGCACAGCGAUACCAUUACUCAUCCCUCUGGUUUUCCUCACGCCAGGACACUUUGUCUUAAAGAUAUGUCCAUGAAGGAUCGUUUCUGAGUCCACGUAAUGAGGAAAAAAAGUGUCCGAAAAGUGAACAAGGCGAGGUUGCAGUCCAGUUUCUGAGGAUUAAAACCACCGUCGGGGCUUUUGGAGGAGCUCUUUGGUGAAACCAGUUUUGCUUUUUUGAAGCUGUUGUGUUUGCGAUGAGAAAGAAGCACGAGAGUCAAUCUGUUAUGUGGAAGUUAAUGUGUUAUAGAGUAUUUAUAGCCUAACGUUAUUGGCCGACGUUUAAGCAGAACAGGCUACACAGUAAGACAAUGGAGCGAAAUAGCCUCAAUGGGCUGAGGAUGCUAGCAGUCACAGAAGGUACAUUUUAGACUUUGUUUUUGGCCUAAUAGUUUUACGUAACUGACGUCUUCUGUUUAUUAGCCUAAGUGUCAGACAGCCUUGUAUUACAUUUCUGUAAGUCCUACUGUGCUGUUGCACACCUGAUCCAACAGCUGCCAUGUAAUUUGAGAUGAGUUUAAAUAUUACAGUGAGCUAGUGUCAGAUGUUUCCAACACAGCAUGCAUCAAGGCAGUAGCAUCACUAUAAUCUAGGCACUAUGUGCAUGUAGAUGGUUCUUGCUUUAGGACUCACUGGAGUAUCAAGAUGUCAGUGAAAGCCAAAGCAAUCUACACUUUUCAAAGUGAAAAUAAAGAGGAGAUCAGCAUCCAGGAGAAUGAGGAACUGGUUAUCUUUGAUAAGAACUCUGUGGACGGCUGGUUUAAGGGGGAGAACAGUCGAGGGGAGAAAGGUCUCUUCCCUGCGUCCUAUGUGGAAAUUAUUCGCAGUCGUUCCAACUCCAACGUGACUGACUGCUCCAUAAGCCCAGCAGGAUCUUUAGGAAACGACUCCUCCUAUUUCCCCUCGACCCCAAACACCUCUCUGCAUUUGCAGCAGAGUUACUAUGACGACGACGAUGAUGACUGGGACGACUGGGAUGACAGGUCGACAGUGGUGGACGAUGCUGACCCCAGUCGGAGCCCCGGGGCCAAUGGACAUUCCCAUCAGAGCCCACUGUCAUACAACCCCAAUGUGCACUACCGGGCCAAACCACACAUGGAGAGACAGGACAGCAUCUCCAGCUCGAGGAAAGGCAGCAUGGUGGGCAGGAACUUGAACAGAUUUUCCAGCUUUGUCCGCUCAGGGGUGGAAGCGUUUGUGUUGGGUGAUGUGCCCAUGAUGGCAAAGAUAGCGGAGUCGUACACCAUCGAGAUGGGUCCCAUGGGGCCCCUGUGGAAGGAGAGCCCACAGCCUUUCUCCUGCUCCAUUGAAGACCCCACAAAACAGACAAAGUUCAAAGGCAUCAAGACGUACAUUUCAUACAGGGUCACACCAAGCCACACGGGGCGUCCCGUCUACAGGCGCUACAAACACUUUGACUGGCUGUACAACCGCUUACUGCACAAGUUCACUGUGAUCUCCGUGCCUCACCUGCCUGAGAAGCAGGCCACGGGGCGAUUUGAGGAAGACUUCAUCGAGAAGCGCAAGAGACGACUGAUACUGUGGAUGAACCACAUGACCAGUCACCCAGUCCUCUCCCAGUAUGAAGGCUUCGAGCACUUUCUGAUGUGUGCUGAUGACAAGCAGUGGAAACUGGGCAAGAGACGGGCGGAGAAGGACGAGAUGGUGGGUGCCCAUUUCAUGCUGACCCUCCAGAUCCCUAAUGAACACCAGGACCUACAGGAUGUAGAGGAGCGGAUCGACACCUUCAAGGCCUUCGCUAAGAAAAUGGACGACAGUGUGAUGCAGCUCACACAUGUUGCCUCGGAGCUGGUGCGUAAGCACCUGGGUGGAUUCAGGAAGGAGUUCCAGCGGCUAGGUAAUUCAUUCCAGUCCAUCAGCCAGGCUUUCAUGCUGGACCCUCCCCACAGCUCAGAGGCCCUCAACAAAGCAAUCUCCCAUACAGGCCGCACCUAUGAGAACAUUGGAGAGAUGUUUGCAGAGCAACCUAAGUAUGACCUCUUCCAUAUGCUGGACAAGCUGUCGCUCUAUCAAGGCCUGCUCGCCAACUUCCCCGACAUUAUUCAUCUACAGAAAGGUGCCUUUGCCAAGGUGAAGGAGAGCCAGCGGAUGAGUGACGAGGGAAAGAUGGACCAGGACGAGGCAGACGGCAUUAGGAAACGCUGCCGGACGGUUGGGUUUGCCCUCCAGGCAGAGAUGAGCCAUUUCCAUCACCAGCGAGAGGUGGACUUCAAAGACAUGAUGCAGGCCUACCUCACGGAGCAGAUAGCCUUUUACCAACGUGUUGUCCAGCAACUGGAGCGCACCCUGCGCAUGUACGACUGUCUGUAAAGACAACAAACGGCUGCCCUGUUCGAGAUGCCAUAAAAACACAGUCGAGAAGGAAAGGAUGAUCCAAGUGUCGACUCUCUCAUCAAGGCAUUUGUCUUGGCGUUUGCUUCAGUUUGAAAAGACUCGCAGAUGAAUGAAGCAAUGGUAACUGGAAAGACGUGCAAAGCCAGUCAGUCUUUCACUUUGGAUUCCAUUUUUUUCAAAACCUACUGUACCUUUUUUAUUUCUGAAAUACGUAUCACAUAGGCAAUGCCACAGACAUAAUUUAAGGUAUUUGUAACAUUAAAAUAAGAAUAUAGGUUUCAGAAUCAUAGAAAAUCUGUAGUUUAUUGUUCUGUAAUAUGAAACGGGUUCUGUUUUGAAAUUGUCCCCUUCUCUCUAAAACAUCAUGCACUUUGCCUUCUCCUGGGACUGAUUCAAGUUGCUUCCAAUAUGAACAUUUUAAGAAUAAACCCACAAUAUUUUGGUUUGUCUACCAACAUCUGAUAAAUAUUCCAAAGAUUCUUUAAAACAGCAUUUUAGGAUUUUAUUGAAUUCACUGAUUUUUCCUCAUCAGACCAUGAAAAGAUAGUAUUUCUGGUGGAACAAGUGCACUGAAUACUGAAGUGGAAUUUCACCAUCAUCUUGUUAAGUGCUAAUCUUGCUCAGGUGUUCACUGCUUUGAAAUUAAUAUCAGUUUCUCUGGUAUCUCUUAGUACAAGUCACCGAAUGUCUAUCUUAACCUUGCACCAUGUGGAAGACCAUGUAAUUCAGCUUUGUAAUGUCAUUUUCAUGCAGUAAGUGCCUUUUAGGAAGGCAUGGAAUAUUCUUAAAUUGACCAUUUGUCUGUUGCAUGGCUUGUGUCAUAUAGGGGAAAUUAUUUCGAAUGACAUGCAAUUAGAACAAGUUUGCACAUGUUUUUAUACACUAAGGGGUCAUAGUGUGGAGGGUGUGUUUAUGUGUGGGUGAGCGAGUAAAAUGAGUCAACUACUGUGCUGAUAAAAUUUCCUUUUUUCCACAGUGGAAAACAAAAACAACCGAUAUAUUUUCACGUAGCAGCCAGUUAGUAAAUGUAGUGAGAUAGUUGAAGUGUAUUAACUGGUUGUGUGAGGCGGUACGUCUACAUUAUUUGUAUUAAAUCAUUUAGCUGACACAAGACCAAAUUGUUCCUGUUACUAGAGUUUAGUGUUUAAUGUAGUCGGAGUCAAAAAACAGUAUGAUUUAUUGUUCAUAUCAAGUAUUUUAAAACAACAUCUAAUGCACAAACAGAACCACAUUAUUUCAUUUAGAUUACUUCUAUACUGUAUCCAUAAUAACUUAAAGAAAUUGCUCUGACAUUUUUGUAAAAGUGCAUAUUCACUUUCUUGAGUCAGAUGAGGCGACUGAUUAGACUGUACAAUGUUUGCCCGUUAAAUAUGAUGAUACAGCCAGCAGAGACUGGACAGAGGACAAAACUGCUAGUCUUGCUCUGUCCAAAGUUGAUCUAAUACUCACUACUUUAAAAUGUUAUAUUUCAUUUAUUUAAUCUGUACAAAAAACAACAACAGUAAAACCUUCAAUUUGUGGUUUUUACGGGGGUUAUGACUCAUGGCAAUUAGUCCAUCACAUAACCUCCUCUAAAACCACAACUUGCCAUUCUUACAUUUGGGUUUUUGUAUGGAUUAAACAAAUGAAACAUGACGUGUUAAUUGGUGAGCCUUAGGGUGCUGGUAAGCAGAUUUAGUGACCUGUGGACAGAGCUAGGCUAGCUGUUUCCAAGCUCAGCUAACAAGCUGCUGGCUAGAGCCUUAACCUUAUACUGCAGACAUUAAAGGGGCAUCAAUCUUCUCAUAACUGAAAGCGGAUAGGCAGAUUUUCUAAAAUGUGGAACUCUUCCUUUAAUAAUAUUACAUAUAUGUUAUUGCUCUUCUUCCAGCUGUGAUCACAGUGAAGUGUCACUUUUUUACAUUUUGUUUAUCACAUUUAGUGUGCUAAUUUUUCCAAACUGCGGAUCUCAUAAAAAGGCGUAUGUAUGACACGCCAAGUCAUAUGCCGUUAUUGGCGUGUUAUCAAGACGCAUACUCGCUUUUUAGCGUGUUUAUCAAUCCAUUGACUUACAUUACCUUGCAAUUGCGUGUGAAUUUACGCUGUAGCGAGAAGUAUGAAAGGGCAAAAAUCCUUACAGAGAGGUUGGUUGGGUGGUAGAUGGGUAAAACACAGGACUGUCACCCAGGAGACGUUUCAUUCGUGUCCCACAUGUCACAUUUGUUAAACUCAACCAUUGGUUUAUUUUUUUGUUCCUAAAGCCAAACUCAUUCUUCUUUUAUUAAAUCUAACCGAUUCUUUGUUUCUUAAACCCAACCACGUGUCACGUUUCCUAAACUCAACCGUCGCUUUCUUCUUGCAAUAACACGCCAAGUGACGUGUAUGUUUACGUCCGCUGUAUACAGCGUAGACAUACACGCGGAUAGCUCAAAAUGCAUAUAGAUCACAUGCCGCUUGGCUUUAGAAAGUGGGCGUGUAUGUUUACGCAAAGUCACAAUGUCAUGUUGCACACUGAAUGAGAUUUGAGUGAUUUAGGAUUCGAGUCCCUCUUCACUGCUUGAAUUAGUGUUUAUUACUAAAGAAGAGUUGUUCCAGUAAUAUUACUCAUCCCGUUUAACUAGCGUCCGUAACCUAAGAGGUAGUCUACGGAAUGUUUUUGUGAGCGUGACACGCUUCUCCUCAAGCAAUUUCCAGUGUUUAUUCAUCAGUUGUGAGGCACUGAUUCUUUAUUUUGAUGGAAGAGGGUUUGAUUUUUCAGUGGUAUGUUUGGUUGUGGAUGAAAAGUGAAAGAAAAUGUUAUUUAGUGACAUCUCUGCCUGGUCAAGUUCCAGAAUUUGAGGUUUGAGCCUUAUUAUGGUUCUCCCAUAACAAAGAAGUGCUGAUUCAUUGCAGGUUUCUCAGUAAACAAAUGGUCUCCGUGUUUGUACGUGACUCAGAUAUGAGUGUCUCAUCUGCAGUCUUUAACUAUUUGCUGUCUAAAUGUGGUGUUGUUCAUGUGCAUUUUUGAACAAACCUGUGCUGGUCAUACUUCAACACUUUUUUGUUACAUUUCUGUCAGCAUUUGCACUCAUCACAGUUUCUCCAAGACCAAAGAAGUCAAGACAUUUUCUUCUAGGCUACCUUUUUUUUUAACUCUGUUUGGUCAAAGUGAAAUUAAAUAUGCUCUCUGGUUCUGUAAUUGUUCUUCUCUGAGGAAAAUGUGAAGAAAGCAUUUGGAAGAAGUAAAAAGAAAAAAAAGAAACAUUCCAGAAACUGUAAGGGACACCAAAGGCAAAGACAGAUUUUGGGCAAAAGUUAGACAUGCAAGGUGCAAAAGAAAGAGUGAAAAAAAACAUUUAAAGACGUGCCUGCUGCCACAAUCAGGUUUCAUAAUGACACUUUCCUCUAAUGUUCCAAAGCAGCACAAGUUAAAUGCAAGGCAUUCCACACAGUUGACGGUUUCUUAACAUGGAUGUGUGACCGCAACUGUGAGUUGCAGGAACUCAGCGUUUCAUAUAUUUCAGUCUCUGAAAUAACAGAUGGUGAUUUUUAGUAAGUAAUUUGUCAACUGAUUUAAGGGAAGGGGACCUAAAAAUGUUAAUAAAAGUAAUGAUGGU